AUGGUCUUAAGACAUUACCAAGUUUUACCUAGUGGACUAAAUCAGUUUGAAGUAAGAGGAACUACAGAUGCUUAUGAGGUGGAUCUUGAAGAAAGAACUUGCUCAUGCAGGCUUUGGCAGCUUAAUGGAAUCGGUUGUGUCCAUUCUGUUGCAGCUAUUAGUUUUAUGAAUAGGGAUGUGGAGUCAUAUGUGGACAAAAUGUUUAGUAGCAUCACUUACAUGAAGGCAUACAAGUUUAGGUUAGCACCUAUGAAUGGAAGGAAUUUGUGGCCUACAACUGAUUACACCCCAACUUUACCUCCUGUUCAUAGAACUAUGCCUGGGAGACCUGCAACAAAAGGAAAAGGGAUGCAACAGAAAACCCAAACCAGUCAAGUAAAAAUCAAAGAAAACUACCCAAACACAAAACAAAGGUCUCCUAAAAUCAAAGCUAGAAGAAAAACAAAACAGGGUGUAGCCGAAGCACUCAAUGAGGAUGAUGAAGGUAAUCAAGCUAAUGCAAUGAAUGAAGGUGAUGAAGUGCAUGAGGGUGAUCAAGCAGUAAAUGAUGAUGGAGGAGGAGUAAAUGAUGGUGGAGAAGCAGUCAAUGAGGUGCAUGUGCAACAAGAAUAUGAUGAGGUGGAACUCACUCCUUUGGAUUUUGAUGCAUCAGCAAAUGGAGAACCUAGUCAGGUUCAUGUGCAAGAACAGGAGGCUAGAGAAACACCAGUUGCAACCUUGUUGAAGAAAAUCAGGAGGAAGAAAUCUGAAAGGGUUAUCAAGUUGAAGUUGGGCAAGAAAGUUGGUGGUGCAGAUGCACCUGGGAAUUCAGAAGCUAAACUUGUUACUCUAGAAUAA